CUUUCUCUCUCUAUAUUUUUAGCUCUCCCUUCUCUCUAGCACUUCAGCUUAACCGGGAAGCUAUCAUUUGAUGCUUCAUUUCAGAGGAAGAACAGUCUAUAGCAAUGAAGAAGACAAGAUCUAAGACCAUCUACACUUCGAAAGUUCUCCGGCAAGAGAAGUCGAUCAGGGAACGAGGCGGCCCAGGAAACCGCUGAGGAGGUCCAGAAGACCAUCGAUCCUGAAGAUGAUCUCCGCGGCCAAAUCAAUGCCAACUAGUCGGACGCUCGUACCUUCCUAGACGAAAAACACAAGAGCAAUGAGGCGAAUGCUGCCCUACAACUCGUCCCGGUGGUCCCUCGGAUUUUGAGUACACACUAUGAGCGACGACGACGGAGAUGAGCCUGGUCAUAAUCAAGAUCCUCAUGGCGGUGGUGGCGGUCAAAGAGACAGCGAGGGGCGAAAAAUAAUUGAAUUUGCUGAUACAGAUGCUGUCAUCGGUGAGUGGACUGAAGAGUUUAAAUCAUUCAUGGGGAAGAUGGUACGUUCCCGAGUGAGUAUAAACAUUGAUAGUUGGAAGAAAGUUUCAAAAGCGAAUAAAGAUCAAAUCUUUAAAGAGAUACAGGUACCUACAAAAUCUCCAAUUUUAUUAGCCAAAAUAUUUAUCUUCAUUUCACUAUAUAAUAUACGCUAACACUUUAUUUUUUAUGUUAUCAUGCAACAUGACUAUGCUGUGGAGGAUAAUAUGAAAAAACCAUUGUUGAAAAAGUUGGGCAAAAUGCACCGAGAUUGGAGAAAUCGAUUGUGAUCACUUUUCAUAAAUAAGAUUCAUCAAAUGGGAAAGGAUUGUGAGGAAGCUUUUGAGAAGUAUAAAGACCAACUUACCAAACAAGAGUGGGAUAGUUUCGUGGCGAAGACUAUGACUUACAAUUCCACGACCCAACUUACGGGUUAGGAUGCAUGUAAGUGGUACAUUAUUGUAAUCGGGCCUCUCAGCCCAUGACCUGGGAGCCCAUCCCAUAUUUCCCCUAUAAAUACUCUCAUCGGGGAUAGUUGUAGGGGUUCACAACUCAUUUGUUGCAAGUUCUUGCUCUCCCUUCUCUCUAACACUUCAUCUUAACCUGGAAGCUAUCAUUUGGUGCUUCAAUUGAGAGGAAGAACAGUCUACAUCAAUGAAGAAGACAAGAUCUAAGACCAUCUACACUUUGAAAGUUCUCCGGCAGGAGAAGUCGAUCACGGAACGAGGCGGCCCAGAAAACCGCCGAGGAGGUCCAGGAGACCAUCGAUCCUGAAGAUGAUCUCCGUGGCCAAAUCAAUGCCAACUAGUCGGACGCUCGUACCUUCCUAGACGAAAAACACAAGAGCAGUGAGGCGAAUGCUGCCCUACAACUCGUCCCGGUGGUCCCUCAGAUUGACGUCUAGGCGGCUGUCUCUGCCAUCCUCGUGGGCCUCGCUUAAACCCAGCAGCACUGAGCGCACUCUUACCGCCCAGGACCGGGGAGAAUAACACGCCGACCCCACCAUCACCUCCCCGCCGGUAGUCCCCAAAAACUUCCUGCUAUUACCGUGAUUACCUAGGACCCACGGGAUGAUAUUAAAAUGUGAGCACUAAUAUGUAAAUUGAUAAAAAAAAUACAGUAAUACGGAGCAUAAAAGAAAGGGGAAGAAAGAUGUUAAUGAAGUUGAUAUUGCUUGAUUAAAUGACAUGUCAUGAUUUGAUUUGUACAUUUGUAAGAGGCACCGCAACAUCACAAAAUGUGAAUGCACCAUUAAGCUGCCCCUUAUAAUACCUCAACCAUGACCGGACUUUUUGUGAGUAGGUACCGGUUAAACCGGAUACAAAAUAUGCAUAACCGGAAAUUUAUCUUUUAAAUAAAUUUAUUCUUAAAUAAAUU